AUGAAAGCUCGAGCCACUUCUAAGAGCCUCUUACCUGUUAAAUCCAAAGAAGUUGAUGCUUCCAAACCUCUUUCUUUAGGGGCUUCAGAGAGUGAUGUCACAAGAAACAUCAGACAGAAACGAGAAACAGGUCAGGUGAAAGCCGUGGAUACUGCUGUCAAGAGAAACAUCAAAAAGGGGUGCAAACCAGAGGGUAAGCAGAAGUCAGAGGAAGAACUCCCAGAUAAAACCCAGGUCUCAGAGAUCAUCAAUAAGCAAUUGCACCAGAAAUUGACUGAAAUCCAGGGAGAACUGAAGAAACUAACCCAAAGGGUGGAGCUGCUGGAGAAGUUUCAAGAGAAUUGUUUGGCAAUUUUGGAGUGCAAAAGCAAUGACUCAGACUGUGCGACUCUGACAGCACAGCAGGACUCCACCACGGAUCAUAUGGACUCAAUGUUGCUGUUAGAAACUUUGCAAGAUGAACUGAAGCUCUUUAAUGAAACAGCCAGAAAGCAGAUGGAGGACUUACAGGCCUUAAAAGUCAAGUUAAAGAUGAAAGAAGAGGCGAGAGCCCAGUUCUUGGAGCAGCAGACCCUAUGUCACAGUCAAAUAAGUGAUUUCACAGCAGUGCUUGAAGAAAUAGAGCAGAUACUAGAAAUGUGAUCAAAAGUGAGUGGCCACAUGGCUCCUCUUGAAGGUGGAUUCUCAGAGGGAGCUGCUUGGGGUGUGUGCUUCCUGGCCACCGGUAAGACUAAGGACAGGGAGUGCUGCACAGGCAGUUCCUCCUUUGCAUCAGCGCUCCCCGCCUUCAGACCAUCAGCUCUCCUGAACCUCACACAAAUUUCGAAGACCUAAAGGAUGCGGAUCUGGAAACUAAAGCAGCCACAGCCAGAGCAGCCAACGUAUCACACCAGACGUGCAGGAAUAAAACCAGAAUUGUACAGUGGAGCACAGGAGAUUUCAUUGAAGUGUCACACUGCCCCUUUCUCGUGUGGGACAC